AUGAGUUCAAAUCCCGGCUCCGGGGCUGACAAGCAGGUGACAGAGGAGCCGGCGCGCGUGGCUGCGAGUGCCCGGGAGAACGCGGAGCGGACGGCACCGCCCCGGCCCGCCCGCACGACGCCGGGGCCCGGGGCCAGCGCGUCGGCGAUCCACGCUCGCCGGGGGUGCCCGGCGGCCCCUGCUGCAGCCCGAACCCCGCGGGGGCCGCACCUCCCCGACUCCCGGGCCGCGGCGGCGGCGAGCGGGCAGGCGGGCGGGUGGACGGACUGCGCCAAGAUGCUGGACGGCAUCAAGAUGGAGGAGCACGCCCUGCGCCCCGGGCCCGCCACUCUGGGGGUGCUGCUGGCGCUGGAUCUCCGGAGAAAGGGAGAGUGCAGCGCCGAGCCAGGGCUCGAGACCCAAGGCCUCUCCGCGCGGGAGUCCGCGGACUGGGACGAACCAGCUGAGGCUGCCGGGGCCCUGGUGCGGCGGCCAGGGGAGCGCAGGCGGCGGGCGGCGCUCCCGGGCUCCGACUGCCCGCAUCCCGCCGUCUGCGAGGGCUGCCAGCGGCCCAUCUCCGACCGCUUCCUGAUGCGAGUCAACGAGUCGUCCUGGCACGAGGAGUGUUUGCAGUGCGCGGCGUGUCAGCAAGCCCUCACCACCAGCUGCUACUUCCGGGAUCGGAAACUGUACUGCAAACAAGACUACCAACAGCUCUUCGCAGCCAAGUGCAGCGGCUGCAUGGAGAAGAUCGCCCCCACGGAGUUCGUGAUGCGGGCGCUGGAAUGUGUGUACCACCUGGGCUGCUUCUGCUGCUGCGUGUGUGAGCGGCAGCUACGCAAGGGCGACGAGUUCGUGCUCAAGGAGGGUCAGCUGCUGUGCAAGGGUGACUACGAGAAGGAGAAGGACCUGCUCAGCUCCGUGAGUCCCGACGAGUCCGACUCUGUGAAGAGUGAGGACGAGGACGGGGACCUGAAGCCGGCCAAGGGGCAGGGCAGCCAGAGUAAAGGCAGUGGGGACGACGGGAAGGACCCCCGGAGGCCCAAGCGACCCCGGACCAUCCUCACUACACAGCAACGAAGAGCCUUCAAGGCCUCCUUUGAGGUGUCGUCCAAGCCCUGCCGCAAGGUCCGCGAGACGCUGGCGGCAGAGACGGGCCUCAGCGUGCGUGUGGUCCAGGUCUGGUUUCAGAACCAAAGAGCCAAGAUGAAGAAGUUGGCGCGGCGGCACCAGCAGCAGCAGGAGCAGCAGAACUCGCAGCGGCUGGGCCAAGAGGUCCUGUCGAGUCGCAUGGAGGGCAUGAUGGCCUCCUACACGCCGCUGGCCCCACCGCAACAGCAGAUCGUGGCCAUGGAGCAGAGUCCCUACGGCAGCAGCGACCCCUUCCAGCAGGGCCUCACGCCGCCCCAAAUGCCAGGUGACCACAUGAACCCCUAUGGGAACGACUCCAUCUUCCACGACAUCGACAGCGAUACCUCCUUAACCAGCCUCAGUGACUGCUUCCUGGGCUCCUCGGAUGUGGGCUCCCUGCAGGCCCGUGUGGGGAACCCCAUCGACCGGCUCUACUCCAUGCAGAGUUCCUACUUCGCCUCCUGAGAGCCAGCCGGCCGCAUGGACGCUUGCGCCAGGGUCCUGGGGUGGGCCUGCGGCCGCCGCACCCACCCCACCGCCCGCACAGACUACACACAGCCAUACGGUGCCCUUGCCCUGGGCCAGCCGGGCAGGCAGAUGGGCGCAGCCUGGGCAGGGCCGCGUCCUGCCCACAGAGACCGUGUCACCCCAGGGACCCAGAGUUUCGGAAAGCCACUCGCCUCCCAGCCCCACCUCGGCCUCCAUCGCCUCCUUCUCCCUACCCAUCUCUUUUUUGGGAAGCUUAAAUUCUCUCUAUUUUUUUAAACGUCCUCUCUGUGUCCAGCCAACCUCCAGGGGCCGGGCCUAGCCCCAGGCAGGGCCCCCACCGCCCCCAUCCCCCCCACCACCGCAUGCCCCAAGGCGAUGAUGUUGUGUGCGGUGCCUGUUACCUUUGAGGAGCUGGUGCCCAGCUCCCCCACCUCCGCCAGCCUGGGUUCACCCGUCCCAGUCCGAACCUGGAACAGAAGUGGGGAAGAGUCUGGCAGGUGUGCCAAGCCCACCUCGGCUCUGCCCUGAGGGGGAGUCCCUGGCGGGGGGACAGACUGAGCCUCACUUGCAAACGCAUGCACACUCGAAGGCACACCCAUGCGGAUAAGCACACAGGUACAUAGACAAGCUAAAGAGACACAGAGGCGCUCUGUGGGCCAGCCCUGCCACGUCAGGAAGGGGAAAGAGGCCAGAGCG